ACAAAGAAAAGAACCUGCUCGCUUAUGGCUUGUAUACAGCGUAUGCAGAAUUUCUAUCAAAGAAGUUUGCAAUUACACGAAUACACCUGUUAGUCUACAGACGAUUGUAAAUAAGAUUAUAAUUUAUGCAAUGAGUAAUCGGAUGAAUAAAUUGAUCGUCUGUAAUUCAAAAUAACAUUUCUGAAAGAGUCACUGAAAGUUAUAGUUUCUUAGGCACAAUAAUUCAAUUUAUUCUUUUAGGGGGAAUCGGUUUCUUGCAUAUUGGGGUGCAGAAAUCUCGUUACUCCUGAGAAAGUAACACUUGGAAACAAUUCAUAGUCGAAAAACGUUAAGAGAGAUCUCGAACCACAAGUUAUAAAAAAAAUGUGGCCUCGGCAAAAAUCAUCUGUUUCUAAAAAGGUACAUCAUGAUUCCAGCUUUUGAUACUACUUAAGUGUGACGUCAUAAAACCUUUUUGGCUUCUUCACGAAGUUUUGAAGCAAUACACUGUAAGUUGUAUUGGGUGCCUGGGUACUAGACAGCAGAAUAAGUAUAUCUGUUUCUUAUUCUGUGAUUAGACCCUGGGUACCAGAACCUUUACGGACCACAACGGUUUGACCCACACUUUUGCCGAGAAUCUUGGAUUGGCCGUCGGGAGCAGAAGAUGGGGGGGGGGGGUACUAGAGCCCCCAAAUAAUUGCAAACUGUAUUCUACUUUCUUUAUAACAGUGUACUGAAUGGGAACAAUACAAUGGGCAGCCCCCUCCCUCAAAAAUAAAUUUCGUUCCGAGGGAAUUUUCCUGUGCUCAUGAGGCAAUAUUUCAAUUAUUUUGCAAAAAAAUUUAAUGACACUCGUUUCUAUAUCCAAAAAUUCUGAAAGAGGAAUUCCUUACGUCAUAAUUUAAUUCCCUCCCUCCAAACCCUACAGCACAAUGGUGACGACGUGGAGCGAACCACUUCCUUAACACACGGACGUAAACCAUAUUCCUCAUUUUUGCCAGAUGACGUACAAAUCUGGCAGUUCUUUCUGACGUACAAACUCUCGCAAAUCUAUUUCAAAAUUUCUACAAAAACUAUCACGAGAACAAUAGCUGGAACAAUAGCCUAAACACAAGUCCAGCACUCCGCCAUAUUUUUUACAAUGCGAUAAAUUAAAGGGGGACUAGAAACAAUAAAAAUCCCUUUGUUCUUAUAAUGAAUCAACGUCGUGACAGAUUUCCUUUAACAGGCUGUCUCAUUUUAAAUCUGUUGACAACAUUCAGACAGAAAUUCGUUGCCCACUGACAUCGACUUUAUGAACCAAUAUUGCCUUUGUUUUUUAAACCCCCUUUACCUUCAAGACAAGCUUGCUUUUGUCACGAAUAAGAUUUUGCAAGAGACACUGUCUUCUGUGCGUGUGGAAAAAUGAACAAGGAGCAUUGAAAUUUGCCGCAGCAAGUACUCAAAGUCGGCCUUUUUUGUUUUCAAUACUUGGUUUAUGAGAUAUAAAAUUCCCUCAACUUCAGCAGGUCUUAAAAAAGUUUACACGUUCGAAAAGAGAGCAAAGGAAUAAAUACUUGACGUAUUGUGCUCGUUGAAAACAAUCGAAAGAGGAGAAGCUCGGAGCUAAAGCCCCCUAGGUCCUUGAAUAGGGACUUCUUUAUAAACAUUAUUCUGUAGAUUUACACCGACAGUUUCUAAGUUUUUGCCGAAGUAAGUUCUCAAUCAAUCCCCUGCAAGUACUUUUAUCCAUAAGACGUGUCCAAAAACGACUUGAUCGAUACCAUAGAUUUAAGGAUAUUCGCCAGGUCAUUGAACCCACUAUCAAACAACGAAACGUUUUCUUUUUGACUGAAUUUGCCGGGGUGACUCAGUAACUAAUUUAUCAUCUUUCGUCAUCAUUUUCCUUGAGGAUUCGAAACUAUAAAUGAUGCCAACACUUACAAUGCCAAGCAAACCAUACCGGAUUCUUGAUUUGUAGCAAGAAAAGGUAUAGAAAAGUCUGCUUUCUGGGGGUAGAGGAGAUGUCUAAGGGGGGCUUUCAGUACAUAUAUCUGUGACAUACAAGGUCUGCUUAAAUAUUUCUAUUCCUAUAUGUUUUCAUAAAUUUCUUUGAUAUUGCUAAUUUAAGCAAUGAUAAAUACUCCCUUGCGUUGAAUGUUUCAAAUGAAUGUUUGAAGUGUGAAGGAAAGUAGAUAGUUUACUAGUGUCGAAGUUGUUAAAUUGUAAAAUAGUUAGAUAAUUUUGUAACAUGUAGCAGGUUGUAAUUAAGAAUUGAGCGGAGGUUAACGCAGAAUGUAUACAAUGUGUGGACACCAUUUAUUCAUUUUUUGAUUUUAUGGCAAACACUUCGUUUCAAAAAUACCGAUUUGCAAAUUUUUGCGAUGCAGGCUAAUUUUUCCCUGUCUCGACCUCCUCCUUCUGUUGUAAUGUCUCCUAGGCUACAUCUCGAAAACGAGGUUUCACAGCACCAUACUUUUACUUAGCGUGGGUAGAGGAAGUUGACAAACCAAUCGAUCAGGUCCAUGUGAGUGGCGGAUAUACAUCUCGUGCCAACCAGUUAUAGCGCUCAAUAUUGAAAAAGUAUAUGUGCAGUCUCACCGCUGAAAAUCGUCGAAUACUGGUAGCAAAUAACAGCAGGUUUUUAUGAAAAUAAUUUAAGAUUGUGCAACUGUCCAUCAAAAACGCUUUAAAGAUCCGUUUUUCGACAGCGGGAAAUUCUCAAGACGGUGGCUAGCGCACGUGUUCGCGGACAGAGUUCGAAACGUACUAUAUUUCUCGAAGAGCCAUUUUACUUGUUAGUUUUUUCCUAAUAAAGCAAGAUUGGUUAUGGAUUUAAGACCAGAAAACAUGGCUGUUUGUUGCGAUGGAACUACUGUUGGUUUGAAGAAAAUAUUUAUGGUGGUUCUAUUAUACAGCAUGAUGUUGACAAAAGUUAACGGACAGUCUUCUGAAAUUAGUAUCAACCUAUCAUUUGCAACAACCGAUACUGCAACACAGUCAAUGACAUCAAAUUCCGCAAAAUCUGGUGAGUCUUCAGUACUGACAAUCUCUGGUGUUGUACAAAACGUUACCACGUCUACUGCACGUCCAGGCGAAUUAACAACAUUACCUACCGCGUCGUCUGCUGUAACUGCAGUGCUCCCAACCUCUGGUACUCUACAACAAGUUACCACGUCAACUGCACGUCCAAGCGAGUUCACAACAUUACCUACCGCGUCGUCUGCUGUAACUGCAGUGCUCCCAACCUCUGGUACUCUACAACAAGUUACCACGUCGACUGCACGUCCAAGCGAGUUAACAACAUUACCUACCGCGUCGUCUGCUGUAACUGCAGUGCUCCCAACCUCUGGUACUCUACAACAAGUUACCACAUCGAGUGCAAGUCCAAGCAAGCUCACAACAUUACCUACUGCGUCGUCUGCUGUGACUGCAGUCCUCACAACCUCUGGUAUUUUAGAAGAAGUUACCACCUCGAGUGCAAGUCCAAGCCAGCUCACAACAUUACUUACAGCAUCGUCUGCUGUGACUGAAGUACUCGCAACCUCUAGUAUUUUAGAAGAAGUUACCACAUCGAGUGCAAGUCCAGGCCAGCUCACAACAUUACCUACCGCGUCGUCUGCUGUAACUGCAGUGCUUCCAACCUCUGGUACUCUACAACAAGUUACCACGUCGACUGCACGUCCAAGCGAGUUAACAACAUUACCUACCGCGUCGUCUGCUGUAACUGCAGUGCUCCCAACCUCUGGUACUCUACAACAAGUUACCACGUCAACUGCACGUCCAAGCGAGUUAACAACAUUACCUACCGCGUCGUCUGCUGUAACUGCAGUGCUCCCAACCUCUGGUACUCUACAACAAGUUACCACAUCGAGUGCAAGUCCAAGCAAGCUCACAACAUUACCUACAGCAUCGUCUGCUGUGACUGAAGUACUCACAACCUCUAGGAUUUUAGAAGAAGUUACCACACCGAGUGCAAGUCCAAGCCAGCUCACAACAUUACCUACCGCGUCGUCUGCUGUAACUGAAGUACUCACAACCUCUAGUAUUUUAGAAGAAGUUACCACAUCGAGUGCAAGUCCAGGCCAGCUCACAACAUUACCUACAGCAUCGUCUGCUGUGACUGAAGUACUCACAACCUCUAGUAUUUUAGAAGAAGUUACCACAUCGAGUGCAAGUCCAGGCCAGCUCACAACAUUACCUACAGCAUCGUCUGCUGUGACUGAAGUACUCACAACCUCUAGUAUUUUAGAAGAAGUUACCACAUCGAGUGCAAGUCCAGGCCAGCUCACAACAUUACCUACCGCGUCGUCUGCUGUAACUGCAGUGCUUCCAACCUCUGGUACUCUACAACAAGUUACCACGUCGACUGCACGUCCAAGCGAGUUAACAACAUUACCUACCGCGUCGUCUGCUGUAACUGCAGUGCUCCCAACCUCUGGUACUCUACAACAACGUCCAAGCGUGUUAACAACAUUACCUACCGCGUCGUCUGCUGUAACUGCAGUGCUCCCAACCUCUGGUACUCUACAACAAGUUACCACGUCGACUGCACGUCCAAGCGAGUUAACAACAUUACCUACCGCGUCGUCUGCUGUAACUGCAGUGCUCCCAACCUCUGGUACUCUACAACAAGUUACCACGUCGACUGCACGUCCAAGCGAGUUAACAACAUUACCUACCGCGUCGUCUGCUGUAACUGCAGUGCUCCCAACCUCUGGUACUCUACAACAAGUUACCACAUCGAGUGCAAGUCCAAGCAAGCUCACAACAUUACCUACAGCAACGUCUGCUGUGACUGAAGUACUCACAACCUCUAGUAUUUUAGAAGAAGUUACCACAUCGAGUGCAAGUCCAGGCCAGCUCACAACAUUACUUACAGCAACGUCUGCUGUGACUGAAGUACUCACAACCUCUAGUAUUUUAGAAGAAGUUACCACACCGAGUGCAAGUCCAAGCCAGCUCACAACACUACCUACAGCAUCGUCUGCUGUGACUGAAGUACUCACAACCUCUAGUAUUUUAGAAGAAGUUACCACAUCGAGUGCAAGUCCAAGCCAGCACACCAAAUUACCUACGGCAUGGUCUGCUGUUACUGCAGUGCUCACAACCCCUGGUAUUCUACAAGUUACCACGUCGACUGCAAGUCCAAGCGAGUACACAUCAUUGCCUACUGCAUCGUCUACUAAAUCUGCAGGACUCUCAAUCUCAAGCUUUGCAAAAGAAGUAACCACGUCUACUGGUGUACAUAAAACUCUUACUACGUCUGGUGUUGUAAAACAGGACAUGACAUCAACUUUAGGUACACUAGAAUCCACAGCAUUGCAUUCUCUGUCAUCUGGUAUAUCGGCUUCAGUUUCAAGGUCUAGUACUGUAAAUGAAGCCGUUACAUCUGCUAUCAGUCUUCCAGUUUCUAUAGCAUUGCCUACUGCGUCAUCUGCUGUUCCUGUCAUAGUCACAGCCUCUGGUAUUACAGAAAAAGCCGUUACCUCAACAGUUAGUCUAACUACGAAGACGUUAUUAUCUGCUACACCAGUGUUCGUUGUAACUUCAUCGAUCAAUCCCCAAUCGAUGUACAUUGGCCCUUCGACGUCCAUUAACGUGGUUACCAAGAAACCUACACUUGCGCCUGACAUAAAGCUCGAAAUAAGUUGCCUAAUGAAAUUCAAUGUUACUUUUAAAGAAUCCUAUACUAUAAAAAAUUCAAAUGAUUUUAGACAGCUUGAUGAAAUGGUUGUACCUUUCUUAGCAUCAGUAUAUGAGACUCAUCUACGUCCAUUCAACUACUAUGCGGUCAAGACAAUCAGCUUCUCUGAUGCACGAAGACUUGGUACACAGAUUGCAUUUGCUGUGUCUUUUAGAUCAGGAUCAAGUAAUAAGGAAAAGAUAAAGGGACAUUUACUAGACGUUUCGGUUACCCACCUAGAGGGGAAGAUUUUUAAAGCUUCACCCAAGCCAAUUCAAUUCGCAAAGAAUAGUUUUGAGUUUAGUGAGAAGGUUAUAGUUGAACCGAAAAAAGAGGAAACGAUUUUGGUGGAAGCAGAGUUCAAAAUUUUAUCAACGUACAACAAAAAGCUCAGUGAUUCAGAAAGUCAAGAGUACAAGAAAUUGAAAGUUGAGGUAGAGCAAGUUCUCAACAUGACAUUCCAAGAUCUUCCAGGAUUUAUCAAAGCAAUUGUCAAUUCAUUUAAGAAUGGGAGCAUUGUCGUCGAUUUCAAUUUGAUUUUUGACUCAAGUAAAGCAGGAACUGACACAAAAGAGAUAUCAAACAACGUAGAGCAGACAUACAAGAAAUCGACCACAGAUAGACUGCUUGGUAAUUUCAAAGUUGAAGAGUUGAAGGUAAUCAAGGUGCAAUCUCAGGCAAGAAGUCAGACAUCAACAUCUUCACGGUCAUUUGCAACAUGGGCGAUUGUGCUUGUUGUUUGCGGUGUACUAAUUGGCAUCCUACUGAUGAUUCUUGUCUCACAAUGUCGAAGAACAAGGCGAUAUAAAGAUAUUGUUGAGGAAGUCUACAGUGGUGCGAUUCAGAAUGGGUAUGGAAAACCCUUUUAUGAAAUGCAAGAUAUGCCAAAUGGUGUUGGCAGUGGAACACCCGAGUUAAAACGGCUUAAAAAGACGUCGAAGUAUCUGGGCACGUUUGAAGGAAUACCUAGAGCAAAGCUUGCAGAAACCAACUUAAAUGAAGGAGUUGCCAUGCCAGAAGAUCAAAAGGAAGGAAUUGUAAACAAAUCAUUCACAGUCUCCAUCGAAGAAGAGAAAUCGGAUGUCUUGGCGAAUCCAGCUUAUGCAAGCAAGAAAGAUAUGGACCUCGAAAAAGAGACAACUGCUAUGAAUAGACAAUCAGAUGAGAGCUCUGAGUCGAAAGCAGUCAACAAAGAACAGACAACGGAAAUAACAAAAAGGAAUGAACUGAGCAAAGAGAACAAGGAUCCCAGUACUGAGCUCUGAGGUGAAUUAUGUUUUGAUAAUGGACCAUAAGCCAAAAGGCUAAUCUUAUUUUGAUCAAUGAGACCAAAUGCAGUGCAUUUUCUCAGAAACUAUGUUCCUAUACAGUGUUGUAUGCAGUAAAGAGAUCACCUAUAUUGCUAGUAACAUACAUAAACAAGAAUUUGUUUGAAAAAGCGAGUACUUUCAGUAAUUGUAAGAACAAAUACCAUUUAUCAUUUUACCUUUGCAGAUUCAAAUUUGAUAAAUAGUAGAACCAUGAGGAGCAAAAAUUUAUUCUUCAUUAAAUUUGAAAGGUCUACUUGUCCUAGAAUUUUUGGAACAAGAUAAACUAAAGUAAAUAGAUAAAUAAAGUAACAAGAGAUAAUAAACUGCUUGCUGAUGUCAGGGUUAGGCUACAGAUAUAUUUAUAGUUGGAGUAGGAAGCAAACUAUUAUCUAUAUCAUUUUGACACAAAUCAUGUUUUUUUGCUAAUCUGGAAUAAGGACACUAUCAGGAGGUCUAAGGACUCAUUUCAAUUUUCGUGAUAACAGGGUCCGCAUCACCUUUUCUAAACUAGAGGGGCCAGUAACUUGAAGAAAAUUUCUUUUUGCAUCCCCCAGCCCCGAUUUGGCAAAAUUUUUGCUAACGCCGUUUUACUGAAUGAAAUUUGGUUUAACGGGUUUGUUGUAAUCCACAGGUUACCUAUAUGAACAAUUUCGGCAGAUUUUAAUAUUUCAUUUAGCGAAAAAGUGUGGGUGGCCAGGGCCCCCUGGCCCCAUUUAUGACGUGGGCUCUGAAAGGUACUCUAUUCACAGUUUUCUUGGAUGGCAAUAGUUAUGUUAAGACCUUGGUGUUCAACAUUGCUUGACAAUAUAAACGUAUUGAGACUUAAAAGCGCUGUAAAUGGUUUUUACAGUAUUUUCCGCCUGAGGUAUCUAUUUCCAUGGCUUUUUGGUUGUAGUUGUAAGCAUUACGAAGCAUUUAGUUGUUUUAUUUCAAAAAUUUGUUUUAGGUGCUAAUCGUGGGUGUAAAUUAUCUGCCAAAAGUCCUACAGUUUGCAAUUAGCUAUAGGACUACAAUUUGCAUAAGUGUUGUUUUGAAAAUUAAUUGUCCAAGUAAAAAAGACCUCUCCUCCCUCCCUAAAACAAUAUUGGUUGUAGAGUUAAUUAUCAUAGUUUCUGAAAUUAUUCCAUUGAGCAGUACUGAACAUCUCAACUUUGCAUAAAAGAAUGUUAUUCGGAGGGAGUAUGGGGAUGCAGCAAAAAAUAUUUCACAAAUGUUGUGGAUUGUACCAAGACUUUUGGCAGAUGUUGUAGCUCCUGUUGAGAGGUUAAUACAGAUAAAGCUCGUUUAUUAAUAUAUAUAUAUAAGUAAUGUUUGGUUAGUAUAUGUUAGAAAGUCGUAAUAAUUAUUUGUUUCUUAAGGUAAUGCCCAGCUAUGUUAAGUUGAAUAUCAAUCAGUCAAGAUUUACAAGCGUUUCCCCCUUACCCUAAUGAUAUUUGAAUGUUGAAAAUUUAAGACCUGAAAAGCACCGUAUCGUAAAAAGAUCUCGAUUCUUUUUGUAUAUUGGAUGCGGUUGAAUAACACUUUUAUACUGAAUUCAGACUUCUUAUGAAGGUGACCAUGAAAUGCUAGGCUUUCAUAGCGAUCAAGGGAUAUGUUAGGCAUAGGUGCUCAUCACUAAAGAUCUGAAAAGCACCGUAUCGUAAAAAGAUCUCAAUAUAAUGGGUGCAGCUGAAUGACUUUUAUACUGAAUUCAGACUUCUUAUGAAGGUGACCAUGAAAUGCCAGGUUUUAUUGCGAUCAAGGAUUAUGCUAGACAUAGGUUCUCAUUGACAUUAAGACAAAUAUUUUUUUGCAGAAAUGUUUGGGCCUGAUUUUCCAUCCCUGAGUAGAUACAUUUUCUUCAAUUUUUCAGCAGCAACACAGAAAUAGAUCUCUAAUAUCCAUAUAUAUUUCAAUCAUUUUCAAGUAUCAAAACAUUUUUCAGAGUCAAUUUUUCAGAUUGUGUCACCAAACAUGUUUUUGGAUUGGAAAACUUUUUAUUCAGUGUCGUGUUUUCAAGUAAACAACGGCUUUUGGGGGCGAUACAGUAGUAGGAAACCGCAAAAAAGUAGCAGUUCUUUUGGAACUGGAGAUCUACUGGGUACUCCUUAUGUUUGGGAAUCGUAUUUCACAGGCUAACGCCUCGUCUCCCUUUACGAUUUUUAUCUUUGUAUUCGCCGUGAACUUUAUUAUCCAGAAGUUAGAAUUCUUAUUUGCAAAUUAGUUUAUCAAUUUGAUAAGAUAUAUAGUUAUAUAUUUAUAGGAGACAACUCGUGCUUCGAAAAGUGAAUGUUUUUCUGUUAAAAACAUCAUGCAUUUACAAAAAGUGUUUACUGUAAUUGAACAAACUUUUAAAUUCAUUAUUUCGUUGCGAACACACAGCACGUGCUUGUCAAAAGAAUGAAUCUUUUUUGUUUACAGUCUAUACAGAGUAUUACGUAAUGUUUUGCUGAAAUGAUAUUGCACUUUGUUA